AUGUCUAUGUGGGAAAUACUAUUUUUCGUGCUGGUUAUGCGUUUAAUUUAUGAAACAUAUAAUUUAAAACACAUAAUUCGUUGGUUGACAGUUUGGUUUGUGGUCUCAUCAUCAUCAUCAUCAUCAUCAUCAUCAUCAUCAUCAUCAUCAUCAUCAUCAUCAUCAUCAUCAUCAUCAUCAUCAUCAUCAUCAUCAUCAUCAUCAUCAUCAUCAUCAUCAUCAUCAUCAUCAUCAUCAUCAUCAUCAUCAUCAUCAUCAUCAUCAUCAUCAUCAUCAUCAUCAUCAUCAUCAUCAUCAUCAUCAUCAUCAUCAUCAUCAUCAUCAUCAUCAUCAUCAUCAUCAUCAUCAUCAUCAUCAUCAUCAUCAUCAUCAUCAUCAUCAUCAUCAUCAUCAUCAUCAUCAUCAUCAUCAUCAUCAUCAUCAUCAUCAUCAUCAUCAUCAUCAUCAUCAUCAUCAUCAUCAUCAUCAUCAUCAUCAUCAUCAUCAUCAUCAUCAUCAUCAUCAUCAUCAUCAUCAUCAUCAUCAUCAUCAUCAUCAUCAUCAUCAUCAUCAUCAUCAUCAUCAUCAUCAUCAUCAUCAUCAUCAUCAUCAUCAUCAUCAUCAUCAUCAUCAUCAUCAUCAUCAUCAUCAUCAUCAUCAUCAUCAUCAUCAUCAUCAUCAUCAUCAUCAUCAUCAUCAUCAUCAUCAUCAUCAUCAUCAUCAUUGCUAGAAUUACCCGAACAUAAGUUUGUUUUAGUCAGGUCAUAA